AUUUUGAUCAGCGUUCUUUCUGUCAUUACUACAUUUGCAUCCUAUCACAGCUGAUAUACUUCUGUGUAGGGUUGUUGGUUGUGCUGCACAGUGGCGUGGCCUGAGUUACUGUUGACUGAGAAAUGGGAUCCAGCUGCUAAAAAUGUGUGUUGAUGGAACUCUUCCUGUUUUGGGCUGUGAUAAAUAUGCUUUCCUCCCACAUCCUUCUGUAUGAUUUUUCCAGUGACCCCCACAAAGGAAUCCCCAAUGCAACGAGAAGAAUCUUAUAUCGGGUUUUAUCGUCGCAAAAAGAAAGUUGGGUCUUUUGCUCAUCAGACUCAAAGCUCUGCAGUAAGAAGUGGAGAAGGUGGGAAGUUCAGCAAGAUGUUUCUUUGGACAGGCAGCAGAGCUGCACAGGGCAGCCAAUAUGAAAGAAGGACUGUUUACCAGAAAAUCAGAGAACACAGCUACCUGGAUAAGAGGAAGACGGUGACUGCUCUGAAGGCAGGGGAGGACCGGGCCAUUCUCCUGGGCCUCGCCAUGAUCGUGUGUUCCAUGAUGCUGUACUUCAUCCUGGGGAUCACAAUCCUCCGAUCCUACAUGGAGAGUGUCUGGACGGAGGAGUCGUGGUGCACUGUGCUCAACUCUAGCAACAUAGGAGAUAUGACCUGUACAUUCAGCUGUGGCUCAGACUGCUACGAAGUCUCAAAGUAUCCCUGUCUGCAGGUCUUUGUCAUCCUGAACUCCUCCGGAGAAGUGUAUCGGCUGUCCCACACAGAGGAGACGCUGGAAAUCAAUCCAGAGUGUUUUUAUGUACCAAAAUGCAAAAAGACGUGCAACAUGACUGUAAUCGAGAGCAUUGCUGAGCAUUUCAAAAGGCAUCAACAGUUUCCAUGCUUUCAUGACCGGGAGAGAAAACAAGAGAAUGUCCUUUUGACUAGACUGUACGGGCCCAGCACUCUCUUUCAUUCCCUCUUCUGGCCUACCUGCAUGGCCGUUGGAGGUACCCUCAUCAUCGCCAUGGUGAAGCUCACUCAGUAUCUCUCCUUGCUCUGCGAGAGCAUCAGUAAAAUCAAGAGGUGAAAUGUAAAAGCAAAAAACUGUCUUACACUCCACACCAAAGAACCUUAAGAAGUGUAAAAAAAUGCUAUAUUCCCAAAAUACUGUAUCUGAAAAUUCUUGUUUGCCACAUUUCCUAACACUUUUAUCUUGCUAAUAGGGUCAAGUAUAGAAGCAGUGUAUUCCUCAUUUCUGAACAUUUUGAUCCAGGUCUGUGCAAGGCAACUGUUCCUGCCUGUCAUGUGAAGGCAUUCUAGAACCGAAUACUUCCAGUCACCACCAUUUCUCUUCUGGAAACUCAGUUGCUGUAAGCUUCUCUCGUGUGAAAGAAAAGUAUCAUAAAAAUGGUGGAUGUUAAUGAAAAAACAAUGAAUUUCUUUCAAGCGAGAACACUUUUCAGAAAACCAGCAAGAAAGGAAAAGGAAGUUUAUCCAUCAAGUUUAAAGCCAAGAAAUACCAAUACGCAGAGCCAAACUGAAAGUGAAAUGGAUUGCAAUGCUGUUGCAAGUAUGUUCAAAUCAGUGAUGCUCAAGUAAUGCCUGUUGGAGGAUCAGGACUGUGGGGUGGUAUAACACAAACUCUAACCAAAAUAUCAGGUAAAAAUGUGUAUGUAUUCAUGUCAUGACAUGCUUCUUCUCAUGCUUAGGUCUUAUAUUCACAAAGCCAAAUGAAUGAAGGACAGGCCAUUUUUAUACAUUCAAGUGUAACCCAUUGUGCACAUCUCAAGAGGUGUAACGUGAUUAUUUUCUAUACAGGUGGAAAAGAGAGAAUAAAAUCGGUAGCCAUCACACAGUAAAGUAAUGGACAGUUUAUUGGGAUUAUAUUUUAUUGUGCUACUUUGUUGCAUUAUAAUUCACACCGUCCUUGGACAACAAUGCUAGUGUGACAAGCUAUGCCCUUGACCCCUUGGUGCUAGAAGUAAUCAAUUGGCUUACUGAUGACAAAUGUGAACUGUCAUGUGACGUCCCAGAUACCCGACAUGCAAGACAUUCCCAGCGAGGCAUUUAGAAACAGUUUCCCUGUUCCAUGGAGGUUCAAACGCACUAGACAAAAAUUGUUUAAGAAAUUGCUUGUGAAGUUUUUUGUACUGUUGAUGCUUUUUUCUUUUUAUAAAUAACCUGGGGCCAACAGGAAGCAAUGGGUUAUGGGCAUUUUCCAACAGAAUAAUACUGUUUAAAAGAAUGUUAUUUAAUUAAAAAACUAAAUGUUGCCAAUGCAUAGAAGUUUAACAUUGAGGAUCACACUCAUAAGUCGGUUGCUAUUAUACAUGUCUUGACUGACAACACCAUUAUGAUAUAAAAUGAUAAAUAAAGAAAUCUGGAGCAGCUGCAAAAAUCUGGAUCAUUUAUAAAUCUCCAAGGAUUUCCCCAAAUGAUUUGAAAAAAACGACAGAGGUGACCAAAGCUGGCCCUUCGCUUCUGGUCUUUGUUCCAAGCCUGCUCUAAAUUGUUUAAUUGAACCAAUUAAACCUCCAUCCAGACUCUGAAGUAGUUAAUUAUAUCAUUUGACCUGUUAAGUGGAAUGGCUGUCCAGGACAGUGAUUGGACACCCCUGACUUAUGACAUAGAUCCACCAUGGACAUUCAACAGUGUUUUGUCCAUAAAGACUUUGGAUUACUUUUUGCCUUACUAGAGAUAUACUUGAACUUCAGCCAAAAGAAAAAAAAUACAUAUAUAGUUAGAGUACUGACUGUAUUCAUAGCUAACAUAUUUCACAAUCUCCUACGUCUGGGUUCAGGUCUCCUUUCGGUGGGGUUUUUACAGGAGAGGGCUAGAACAUAGGGAGUUAGUAACUGACCUUAGAAACCAACUCUGAGGCAGACCUUUCCAUAGCUUGAGGAGCUCAAGAAGACCAAGAUUAAUUAGUGGAUGCACUUUCCCCACUAUAAACUAAAGUGAUAUACAUCUAGAAGCUGACUCCUACAGCCACCUGUAUUAAAAUAAGUGCCACCUGCUCCCCUUUUUUUAAUAGAUCAAUACAUCCGUUCUGAACAUAAGAAUUUAUAAUGCAGUAAAACUUGUAUUAACAGGUCACCCGAAUUGAUUUUAUUACAUUGUUUAUGUAAGUGAAUGAACUUGUCUUUGGUCGACACCAAUGCUCAAUCAAUGUUAAUUCAGGUUUCACUGCAGAAUAUUGAUGUUACUGAUUCACUUCUAUUCAGUUAAUGCAAAUUUCCUUUCACAAAACUGCAAUUGUUUCCUGUUAUAUUGUCAUUCCAGCUCUGGUAUUGUAUAAUUUAUCUCACAAAGCACAUUUGUCUAGUAUUAGAAGCCCUGUAUUAGAUAAAUAACUGUUUGUCAAACUUCUGUUGAUAAAGUUUUAAAAAUUCACAUAGUGACUUACUUUUCUAUUUCGCUAACGAUUAAAAAAUAAAGGUGAUCAUUUUUAGAUGA